UACUUGAUCUAUCAAUGUAAUAUUAACAUGACGAUGCAUUCUGUGACUAACUUCUUGACGGUAAACAAGUUCAUCGACAUUGAGAGAGGACAGCCGGAACGUCAUCAAGUCGAUUCCGCAGCAAACUAACGCAACCCAAUAAAAUCAGUUAUCAGCUGGACACCAUAGAGCGUGUUUUGUUCUUACAAUUAAAAGAAAAAUGUUUUGUGCUAUACUUGUAUUAGUUGCACUCGCGUAUAUAUUAUGGGAUGUUAAUUAUUUUCUUAGAAUCGCGUUUACAAUAUUAACUGGAAGGUUGUUUCAAAAGAAAUGUGGAAUCAACGAUACAACAACAAUUUACGGUUUUUGUACAACACAAGAUGUAGAUAUAUUCUUGAAGCACAUGAAUAACGCUCGCUACGUGCGAGAACUGGACUUUGCCAGGUUCCACUUUUACGAUAGAACUGGCAUUUACGACAACAUCAAGGCAGCCAAUGGUCACGCGUUGCAAGGCGCAUCUAGUAUACGCUACAGGAGGACUAUUCCAAUAUUUUCCUUUUAUAAAGUUGAAACUAAGCUGGUCUAUUGGGAGGAUAAAACGCUUUUCAUCGAACAAAAGUUCAUCACGACAAACGACGGGUUCGUCCGUGCUAUUGUUUUGUCUCGUCAAAACCUUUUGGACGUGGACGCUGAGAGGUUAUUUAAAGGUAUACCAGGAGCGGACAGCAAGCCGGAGUGUCCAGAGGAAAUACGUCACUGGCUACAAUCCAUAGAAAUAUCCAGCGCACGUUUAAGAAAAAAAGAUUAAAUGAAAACAGCCAGCCCUGUCUUCAUCCAAGUAGUAUACGUUCUCUCUAUGAUAGUUUAUUCAUUUUAUUAUGAUUACUUUGGCAAUUCCGUAGGGAUGGGUUGGGUAAAAUCAGUUAUGAAGUUUUUCGAUUUUUGAUGACUUUUAUAUAACUUGAAAUCGAUAACUUUCUGUUUUUUUUGGUUGUGCGAUGCAAUAGCCAAAUAAUUUAAAUAAAUACAAGAAGAAAUAAAAUAUGUAAGUUGUA